AUGGCUGCUGAUGCGCGCAUCGGCCAGCGGCGGUCCUACGACGGCGUGCUGUGCACUGUCUGGUAUAUCGGCCAGGUCGAGGGCACCACGGGCUCGUGGCUCGGCGUCGAGUGGGACGACCCGACGCGGGGCAAGCAUGACGGGCAUCACAGAGGCGUCCGAUACUUUUCUUGCAAAUCAACGUCGCCUACUGCGGCGUCCUUCAUCCGCCCAACCCGCCCGCAAGACGCGCCUCAGACCUUUGUGUCGGCCCUGCAGCUCAAGUAUGCUUCCGAGGUGACGGCAGACCAGCGCCCCAUCGCCACCCAGAAGCAGGUCAUCAUCUCGGGCAAGGUCGCCGAGGAGGUUGGCUUCGACAAGAUCCGCCGCAAGCUCGCCCAGCUGAGCGAGCUGCAAAUCGUCAUCCUCGACGGCAGCCACAUCGCUUAUGCUUCUCCCCCAAAUGGCCAGGAUGCUGAGCAGCCUAUCAGCCACGUCUGUCCCAAGGUCACCGAGCUCGACCUCAGUCAUAACUUGCUCGAGCGAUUCGAGACUGUCGUGGACAUUUGUUCGGAGCUGGGCUCGUUGAGAAGCCUACGGGUCAGCGGCAACCGCUUCCAGAAUGUGCUCGAGGAUUCCAAGCUUCAAUCGGCCGAGGAGGUGUUUAAAGGCGUUGGAGAGCUCGCCGUGGACGAGACCACUCUCGAAUGGCACGAGAUAUGCCAUAUCGCCUCCAAAUUCCCGUCUCUGAGGACGCUUUACUCCAGCGCCAACCAGCUAUCACGCCUCUCGCUAAUCCCAAUCGCAUCGUUCGCGUCUACGCUUGUUUCUGUGCGCCUAGAGUUCAAUGACUUCACUUCCCUCGCCGACAUUGCUGCGCUCGCCGCUAUUCCCUCUCUCCGCAAUCUCCAUCUCAAGCGCAACCGGAUAUCUGUCAUCACAUCUUCGCCUUCUGACAAGGCACCGGUUUUCACGUCCAACCUCCAAUACCUUGAUGCCUCGUACAACCAAGUUGCCUCCUGGUCAUUUGUUGACUCUCUCCCCCUAUCGUUUCCCGGGCUCACCGCUCUUCGCUUCUCCCACAAUCCAAUCUAUGAAAACGCCGAGCUUGAUAGUCAGGACCCCGCCGGUUCUCGUGAAAACAAAGGCAGCAAGACAGAUAAAGCGUAUAUGCUGCUCGUUGCCCGCCUACCAGCUCUACAGACACUUAACUUCAGCACCGUGACACCCGCCGACCGUGCUGACGCCGAGAUGUUCUAUCUAUCUCAUAUCGCUCGACAGCUCGCCGCCGUCCCGGAGGCUGAUGAGCAUACGGUUCUGUCACGCCACCGUCGGUGGGCUGAGCUGUGCGAGUUGUAUGGCGAGCCAAGUGUGAUACGGCACGCCGAGGUGAACCCCAACUUUCUAGAGGGCAGGCUGAUCGACGUUCAAUUCUACCUCUCAACAACAUCUCAGGACACAUCGCACACUCCACAGGAUUUAGCCAGGAGAGAUGCCAAGAUCCCAAAGUCGUUUGAUCUUUAUACUGUCAAGGGAAUCGCCGGCAAACUGUUUGGUCUGCCUCCACUCAAGCUGCGGUUGAUCUGGGAGACGGGGGAGUGGGAUCCUGUUGCAGGGUUUGAUGACGAAGCUGGUGACAGCAGUGAGGAAGAGGAGCUGGAAGAAGAACGGGAGCGUGCAGAGGAGAAGACAAAAUCGGGGUCGCCAGCCGAAAAGAAAGGCGGAAGAUGGGUCAAGCGCGAAGUUGAGCUCAAGGAUGGGCCACGACAUUUCGGCUACUGCGUUGACGGGCUUGAGGUGAAGAUCAGGGCAGAGAUGAGAUGA